GCUUUUCUGCUGCGAGCAGCGAUUUUCUGGGGCGCGCUCCCUGCCAAGCAACACCCCACCCAGAGCUCGAUGGCGCUCUCCCCGAGCCUGUUCCAGAAGGUGCUGGACGAGGUGCGGUCGGGGCUCCUGAGCUCGGUCGUCGCCGAGGCGGCGCUGUUCCCGCUGGACACCGUGAAGCUGCUCCAGCAGGUCCACGGCGGCAGCGCGCUGGAGGUCGCGCGGGGGGUCCUCCACGAGAGGGGCCCCAUCGGCCUGUACCGGGGGCUGAUCGGGAGGCUCAUCCAGACCGUAACGUCCAACGUGGGCUUCUUUAUAUGGCAGACCAUCUUCGUGCAGGCGGCCCUGUCGCGCGUGCAGAGCGUCGCCGGUGACCGGCGUCAGCUGGGCACUGGCCUCUCGCUGCUGGUGAACAUGUUUGCGCAGCAGUUCAACCGCGUCCUUACCACCCCCGUCGACGUGGUCGCCAACGUGAAUCAGGCCGACCCGAAUUCGCGGGGUUUCUUCCACACGUUCGUCAGGCUGGCGCGCACCGGCGGGAGAGCCACCCUCUGGAGGGGCCUCAACUUGGCCCUGCUCCUCUCCCUGAACCCCGCGCUGAUGUUCACGCUCGUGGGCAAGCUCUCGGCGCUCGUGCUGAGGGUGCGCGACGAGGAGAGUCUGGCAGCGUCGGACAUGUUCUGGGUGUCUGGCAUCUCGAAGGCCGUGGCGACGUUGGUCACCUACCCCCUCAUAUCGGGGGCCGUGGCCCAGACGAUGGGCUCCGACGGAGUCAUGGCCAGCCUUCGGGGUAUAGUGAAGAAGGACGGCGCGAUAGGGCUGUAUCAGGGAGUGUGGCUCCUGAGCUACAAGACCAUCCUGUUCAAUUCUAUGAUGAUGGCUCUGAAGCAGAAGUUCGGCGCCAUUCUCGACAGGCCAGUGGACAAGCGCGCGCCGCUGAGCAGGAAGCUGACCUGGAGGAAGCUGGAGGAGAACGAGCUCCGGCAGAGGACGCAGCUCGUCCAGGCGGACGCCUUCCCUUGGGACCACGAGGGCUCUGUCGUUUACGUGGACGGUGCGUGGUCUUUCCUGCACGACGCCCAGCAGCACUUCUUGCGCGAGGCGAGCAGCCGCGGCGACUACCUGCUCGUCGGCGUGCACGGCGACCAGUGCCUGCGCGACGUCAUGGGCGCUUACCCGUCCGAGUGCUUCGCGGAGCGCAUGGACCGCCUCAAGAAGCACCCGCUCGUUGGCGCCGUGCUCGAGGCAGCGCCCUGGGAGGUGACCGAGGACCUGGUGCGCGAGCUGGGCGUCCAGAAGGUCCUCGCCGGCGCCCCGAUCUCGAAGGUGCAAGACUGCCGCGGGCCAGGGGACGAGGACGCGCCGGCCGCAGACGACCCGUACAGGCACUGCCGGAGGCUGGGCAUCUUCGAGGAGGUGGAGUCCCUGAACCAGGCCACGGAGCACGACGUCUGGCUCCGCAGGAUGCAGCGCAUCGUCUUCUCCAACGUGGACGCCUCCAUCGACUGGCGCAUCCUCGUCCGGGACGGCGCGCAAGGCGCCUUCGGCGCGAACCCCGGCUACGCGGGCGGCAGCGCGCCAGAGGGCCGCGGGCGCUCCAAGAGCCGCCCGCGCUCCGCGAGCCGCCCGCGCUCCGGCCGCGGCGCCGGCGCGUAG